AUGCGAGUGACGAAGAAGGCUAUGAAGACGAGGAAGUCCAGAAAGCCGACGCGAGUGAAGAAGAAGGUUUGUUUCCAAAUUCGGUACGGUAGCUGUUACCGUGAAGGAUUAGAGGAUGAUACACUCACAAGCGAAGCGGAUACUGAGGUAUCCUCGACCACGGAAAUGUAUGAGGAAAAAACGGAAAAGUCUGGGGAAACCAGUGAAAUAUUUUACGAAACCACGGAAACGUCUGUGGAAAGCACGGAAACGUCUGGCGAAAUCGCGGAUGCUGAAAAAAAAGACGAUGAGCAGGAAGAAGCUAGUGGAAGUGGAAUCCCUGAGAACUCUUCGACCACAGAAACACCUUUAAUAGUGGGUAAUGAUGAAAGCGAGUCCAGUGGCCAAGAAGGUCCUACUCAAAAUCGUAGCUCUAUUUUGAACACAUCUGAUCUCAGAGAGACCUACGUGGAUGCGCCGCUAUCCUUCGACUGUAUCGACCUUCCAGAAGACUAUGAUAGUGCUCUGAAAAAGAGAGAUCAAAUGCAGAAAAGUCAAGCCAGUCGAAAGGAAGCUGGCCAGGCAUGUUCGGCUGUGGAUGGGGAUCCUAUGGGUACGGAUUACGCGGGCUUCGGUACAGAAGUGUACGUGAUUGGAAAUCAUUGCUAA